AUAUUCCUGUUGAUUUAUGUUAUCAUUAUUGUUGGAAAUGCUAGCAUUUUUUGGGCUAUUUGUCUGAAUUCCCACCUUCAUACUCCUAUGUACAUUUUCUUGAUGAAUCUCUCAAUCAUGGAUAUAGUUUAUACCUCCUGUAUUCUCCCUAAACUUCUACAUAUGUUCAUCACUAAGAAUAAUACAAUCUCAUUUUGGGGUUGUAUAUAUCAGAUGUAUUUGUUUUUAGCUAUGGCUUGUGCUGAAGUCCUCUUGCUGGCAGCCAUGGCAUAUGACCGCUAUGUGGCCAUUUGUCACCCACUACAUUAUAUGACUCUAAUGAGUCCAAAACAUUUAGCUGGUUUUGCAGUUACUGCAUGGAGUGUUGGAUUUUUGGACCCUAGUGGUCAUGCGGUACUUAUAUCUAGGCUGUCUUUUUGUGCAUCCCACAUUAUUGACCACUUCUUCUGUGAUGUUAUUCCACUGUUAAAAAUUUCCUGCAGUGAUACCUCAGAGGUGGAAUUGAUUAAUUACCUUGAAGGAUCAUUAAUUUUAUCAUCUGCUUUUGUGCUUACAUUGGUUUCAUAUAUAUUUAUUAUUUCCACCAUUGUGAAGAUAAAAUCUUCAGAAGGUCGACGGAAAGCAUUCUCCACCUGUUCCUCCCACCUAACAUGUGUUGUCAUAUUCUAUGGGACAAUCAUCUGCUUGUACAUGAGACCUACAACAAGUUAUACCCCCAAACAAGACAAGUUUAUUUCUCUUCUUUAUGCUGUUUUAGUUCCUGUUCUAAACCCGAUUAUUUACAGUUUAAAAAACCAGGAAAUUAAAAGUGCAUUUGUAAAAUUUAAGAGCAAAUUGACUUAUUAA